AGCGGGCGCUGACAGUCGACGACGAGCCCGUGUAGCGCAGCAGAGGAGGAGAGGGCUGCUUUAACUUCCUGUAUGCUCUGCAAGUAUCGGCAUUCUCGCAUUAUCGUACAUGCCUAAGAGUGCUUAGACGGCCGUGAGUGAUAGGGCGCCGGUGUAUACGUGAUUAUAUGGCAAAACGCGAAAGGCAGCCUGAGUAAUUAGCUAAAUGCGGAGUGUUUACAGCAGCCGGAGCCGCCUGCCCUGCCUCCCUUCCUCCCGUUCGGCUCUGCGUACAGCGGCUGCCGCUGCGCUGAAUCUGGGCUGCCUCAGAUAGCAUCUGGAGAACCGGCUGAAUCAGAGGACACAGCCCGGGCCCUGGUCAUUCGCCGCGGAUCGGCGAGGAGCGGCAAGCUGCAUGCAACUCGCAUUGUAAUAAUACGAAUAAAAAGAGUGUUUGCGAGAAUUAGCGCUGCGAGCCUGGAUGCGCCUCCUAAGCUGAUAUGGCUGUUCUCAAACUCGUCGAUCAGCCCCCGCUGAUCCAGGCCAUAUUCACUGGCGACCCGGAGGAGAUCCGGAUGCUGAUCUACAAGUCAGAAGACGUCAAUGUUCUGGAUGCUGAGAAACGCACCCCCCUCCAUGCGUCUGCUUUCCUGGGCGAUGCUGAGAUCACAGAGCUGCUCAUCCUCUCAGGGGCUCGUGUCAAUGCCAAAGACAACAUGUGGCUGACUCCACUGCACCGGGCAGUGGCAUCUCGCAGUGAGGAGGCCGUACGUGUGCUGAUCCGCCACUCCGCAGACGUAAAUGCACGUGACAAGAACUGGCAGACUCCACUGCACGUGGCCGCUGCCAACAAGGCCCUGCGCUGCGCAGAGGUCAUCAUCCCGCUGUUGAGCAGUGUCAAUGUGUCUGACCGCGGGGGGCGGACCGCUCUGCACCAUGCCGCCCUCAACGGGCACACAGAGAUGGUCCAGCUCCUCAUUGCCAAGGGUGCGAACAUCAACGCAUUUGACAAGAAGGACGCCAGGGCCCUGCACUGGGCUGCCUUCAUGGGUCACCUGGAUGUGGUGCGUCUCCUGGUGAGCCAGGGGGCAGAGAUCAGCUGCAAGGAUAAGCGCGGAUACACGCCCCUCCACGCUGCCGCCUCCAACGGUCAGAUCACCGUGGUCAAGCACCUGCUCAACCUGGCAGUGGAGAUCGACGAAGCCAAUGCCUUCGGGAACACGGCCCUGCACUUGGCCUGCUUCAACGGGCAGGACGCGGUGGUGAGCGAGCUCAUCGAUUACGGCGCCAGCGUCAGCCAGCCCAACAACAAGGGCUUCACGCCACUGCACUUCGCCGCCGCCUCCACCCACGGCGCGCUCUGCCUCGAGUACCUUGUCAACAAUGGCGCAGACGUCAACGUGCAGAGUCGAGACGGCAAAAGCCCCCUGCACAUGACAGCGGUGCACGGGCGCUUCACCCGCUCCCAGACCCUCAUCCAGAAUGGUGGGGAGAUAGACUGCACGGAUAAGGAUGGGAACACCCCCCUCCACGUCGCCGCCCGCUAUGGCCACGAGCUACUCAUCAACACCCUCAUGACCAACGGGGCAGACUGUACCAGACGAGGGGCGCAUGGGAUGCUGCCCCUACACCUGGCAGCCCUGAACGCCCAUGUAGACUGCUGCCGCAAGCUGCUGUCAUCAGGCUUCCAGAUAGACACCCCCGAUAGCUUUGGGAGGACCUGCCUGCAUGCUGCUGCUGCGGGGGGCAACAUGGAAUGCGUCGAGCUGCUCCUCAGCAGUGGAGCCGACCACAACCGGAGGGACAAGUGUGGCAGAACCCCACUCCACUACGCUGCUGCCAGUCGACACUAUCAGUGUCUAGAGAUGCUGUUGGCACGUGGGAUUUGCAUUAAUGCAGAUGACCAGUGGGGGCGCACUGCCCUGCACUAUGCUGCCGCCUCAGACCUGGAUAGAAGGCGGCGUGAGGCCCUGGAGCCUGAGAGCGAGGGGGUGCAAGCAGAGAGGGAGAAGGAGGCAGCAAUGUGUCUGGAGUUCCUGCUACAGAGGGGGGCAGGUCCCAGCCUGAGGGACAAGCAGGGCUACAGUGCCGUGCACUAUGCUGCUGCCUACGGCCACCGGCAAUGCUUACAGCUGCUGCUGGACCGGGACCAGGGCCAGCUGGAUGACCCAGCAGACUCCCCCAGCACCAGGAGUCCGCUCCACCUUGCGGCAUACCAUGGCCACGCACAGGCACUAGAGGCGCUGCUGCGAGGGGAGAAGGAGGUGGACCAGGCGGACGAGCUGGGCCGUACCCCACUGGCCCUGGCGGCCCUCAGGGGCCACACCAGUUGCGUGCACACACUGUUGAGCCAUGGCGCCUCCCCCAGGAGCCAGGAUGCAACGCAGAGGCGCACACCAAUACACCUGGCAGUAAUGAAUGGACACACAUCUUGUUUGCGCCUCCUGCUGGAUGAUUCUGGCAAUGCAGAUCUGGUGGAUGCAGUGGAUUCUCAGGGACGAACCCCCUUGAUGCUGGCUGUGGCGGGGGGCCACGUGGAUGCUGUGUCCGUACUGCUUGAGCGUGAAGCCACAGUGGACUCGGCUGACAGCUAUGGACUGACAGCCCUGCACCUGGGGCUGCUGUGUGGCCAGGAGGAGUGUGUUCAGAGCCUGCUGGAGCAGGAAGCCUCCGUACUGCAGGCUGACCGCAGGGGCCGCUCUGCACUGCACCUGGCAGCCAGCAGGGGGCACGCAUCCUGGCUGAGCGAGCUGAUGAACAUAGCCUGCACCGAGUCCCCCUCCCCACAGCUCCUAGACCUGCAGGGCUACACGCCGUUACACUGGGCCUGUUAUAACGGCCACGAGGGCUGCGUUGAGGUCCUGCUUGAGCAUAAGGUCUGCCAGGCCUUCAAAGGGAAUCCCUUCUCCCCCCUACACUGUGCCGUGGUUAAAGGUCAAGGGUCAUGUGCCUCUCUGCUGCUGGAGGCCUUGGGAGCUGAUGUCGUUGGCUGCUGUGAUGCCAGGGGCAGGACCCCGCUGCACGCUGCCGCCUUCUCUGGCCACGCCGAAUGCCUGGAGCUGCUGCUCAGCCAGGGGGCGCUAGUGAACACGCAGGAUGAGGCAGGCUGCAGCGUGCUGAUGAUGUCAGCGGCACAUGGCAGGGCCGAGUCCCUGGAGGUGCUUUUGCAGCAGCCUGACGUCAACCUGAGCCUAACGGACCGUGAUGGGAAUACCGCCCUGCAUCUGGCCUGCAGUAACGGAAAAGAAGACUGUGCUAUGCUCAUCCUAGAGAAGACGUCAGACCCCACCCUGAUCAACAGCACCAACGCAGCACUGCAGACCCCGCUGCACCUGGCUGCCCGCUGCAGCCUAAAGAAGACCGUGCAGGAGCUGCUGUCCCGCGGUGCCAGUGCCCAGCUUCUGGACUCCAGUGGUUUCAGUCCUGCCCUAGCUUGUGCUCCCAGCCGGGAGGUGGCCGAUUGCUUAGCUCUCAUUCUGGCCACCAUGACACCUUUCUGCUCCCCUUGCAGCUCCAGAGUGCCCCCCCCCGGCUCCUUUGUGAAGGCGUUGCCACAGGUCACCGAGAGUCUUUCGGGGCCCUUGCCCCAUAAAGGAACCACAAAAAGCAACUCGGACUCAGAGACCUUUUAAUCCCUCCCUCAGACGCCUCCCUGGUUCUUCACGUCAGUUUGGGGACAUGGAUUUCUAUAACGUGCUCGGUGAGGUUCCUCACGCAAACACUCCUAUUUAAUCACAAUCAGCAACAUUUAUGUGUUUUUUUUAUGUGAUUUCAAAUCUUCUGUUUUGGACCUGACAAGAGGACUACUUCAUGGACCAGCUAGUGUUUGGCCAAAUUGUAACUUGACAUAAUGUUCAAAAGCAUGCCGUAUAUUUCUGUGUUAUACAAGAGGCUUGCAGCAGCCCUAUGGAGAAGCACAAAGCCCUGACUACAGACAGGAUGAAUGCAGGAUAAUGCACUAGGCUAUACAGCAGGGGUGUCCAACCCUUUUUACAGUGAGCUACUUUUACAAAGAAACUACUCAGAUGAGCUACCAAAUCACGACAGCAUAUUUUGCCGACCGGGAUGGGGGGGUGGUCCCGUUAUAUAUAUUUUUCUGGUCCCCGUAAACCAGUUGGCCACCCCUGCAGACCCAGGACUCAUCUCGUGGUCGACCGGUUGCUCGCUGUUGACGGGUUGGGCAGCCCUUCUGUACAGGAAAAGCCUGACCACACCGUGUUCGGGUGACAUGCACACGCAGGCCAUCAGCUGCUCUCCGCAGCAGUUGCGAGCUGCCUCAGGACAUCUGCUGCGUGCAUGUGUCCGAGCUGCCGGGGUGGGGUGGGGGGGGAGAGUGCCCAGUGUCACUGGCUCUGCGCACGUCCCCCCUGCCUGCUUGCAGUUCCUCAUGUGACACACGCAGAGCAGAGGAGUGACAAACCGUUUAACGUGGCUGAUUUCCUAAUAGCGCAGCAGACCCUCGGCCUGCAGUGUACUUGUUAUACUUCCUAGCUUGGCUGUGCUGGUGCCAAAGCUGGAAAGACAGGUUCUCAAAUUCGAGGGCCUAAAUGUUCAAGAGGUGACAGAUGGCUUGUUCUGUUAAAGCUUUUCCUUUUUAGAAAAAUCCAUUAUUAAAGCUGGUUUUACAAAUAUGGAUGUAGCUUUUAAAGCUGCAUUCCGCGUGCAUUUAAAAUAAAUAGGUUAUUAUAGAUCAGCUCUCUGGUGAAAAAGAACACGUCCACUCUGAUGGAUGGACUGUUAUGAGCAUUUCUCAGGUUGAGGAAUCAAAUUCAGUAAAUGAUACUUUAGUUCUAAGUUGGUUUGUCCUAAAUUCUUGAUUAGUAAUCAGAUUAUUGGUCUUAGGUCACAUGAAGGAAUGAACACUGGUAUUAAAAUACAGAACAGACAAUCUUCCCAUUGUCUACAGAUUUUUUUUAUUUUUUUUUUUACUGACCUCUCCUGACAAAAGUGUCUUCUGCCUUUCUACUGCUCAUAUCAUUCCUGGUAUGUGUACUCAUCAGUGCCCCCUAGUGGAGUGUCUCAGAAUUUUACAUGCAUUCUGUCUGUGAGCAGCACUACCACCGGGAGCCCUAAGAUGGGCCAGUGUCUGGGUCGGCAGUGUUGUCCAGGACGCCUGCAUGAGCCUGAUAGUCUAGUAAAUUCAGCAGGUCCUGCCCUUUGCAGACGCGUGGUCUCUAACUCGCAUGAGCCAAACAUAAAAUGGAGGGAACACAGUUCCUAUGAGGUACAAUAAGCUCACACGUAUUCUGGUACUUGGUGUCCACUUAGUGCUAUAUUUAUUUUGUUACUAUUUAGUAUGAAACCAUAAGCAACUUACUGUAAUACUGUGGCAGUGGGGAGGGCAGCUCUGGGGAGUUGAGCUGUUCUUCCCUGCUCAGUCAUCGCCACCCUGUUUCCUCUGCUCAGCCCUUUUUGCGUGUUUCCACCUCUUAGUGCCUUUCCGCACCCCCCCCCCACAUCAUGCUUUAUCCCUUGUGUUACUAAAGCAUUGAUUUCUGCUUUCUGGUGCAUUACUUUUAUUGGGCUUUCUAGGCUGUACGAGACGUGCACCUGUAAAAGCUCGAGUUUUUUUUUUUUAGUACGGACUGGAGGAUAAGGAUUAAGAAAAGGUACAAGCCGCUAUAAAUAUUCUGACCUCUGAAAUCCAGCCUAAUUAAUGUAAUAAAAGGAGAGAAAUGUUAUUGUAUGUGUCUGCAGAAUGCAUAUGCAGCCAUAAAUAUGACUAGUCUGAGUCUGGCAGGGUGUCAGCAUUAUACACUGGGCGGUGCCGGUUAUGACAAUCUUAUAAUUGAUUCCCAGAUGUGUCUGUUCUUGAUGGUAGGAAACACCAGGUUGUAUGAAAUGACGGCUACAUCUCGGCUACAGUGGCUCUUUUUUAUAUAAACCCAAUAAAGUUCUUUGCUUUGA